AUGAGGUCGUCUACGCUGGUCCUGCUCCUCUUCAUCAGUGCCCAGGCGGUGGCCUCCGUCAGAGGGAAGUCCCAAGCCUCCCCGACAGGACAGCAGCAGGACGCAGGCCGGACGGCGAGCUCCGUCCCCAUCGUGGACCCAAGACUCCUCACCAAACGCCACUAUCGCUCGCCCAGGGUGCUCUUCAGCGACCAGCACCCUGACGCAGAGCCGACAGGGCGCGGCGGCCGAAUCCAGAGGCGGGCGGUACAGCCUCAGCACCGGGGCAUCUACUCGGUGUGCGAGAGCGUCAGCAAGUGGGUGGGCAACAAGACGAAAGCCACGGACAUCAUGGGCAACGAGGUGACGGUGCUCCCCAAUGUCAACAUCAACAAUGUCAUCAAGAAGCAGUACUUCUUCGAAACAACGUGUUACAAUCACAUGGGCAGAAAAGGCUGCCUGGGUAUCGACAACAAGCACUGGAAUUCCAAAUGCACCAACUCACACACAUUUGUGCAGGCCAUGACUUCUUUUAAGAACCUGGUGGCGUGGAGGCUGAUACGCAUCAACGUUGCAUGCGUGUGUGUGCUCAGCCGGAAAUCGUGGCGACCAUGA